UGUGUUUGGUAGCGGUACAUUGUUCGAGAAUUGUAGCGCUUUUUGAGAGAGGUUGGAUUUAUCCGGCAAACGUGCGGCAAAGACUAUUGAAGGCAACAACUAAUGGAAUAAAGCUGUACUCCCCAUUGAACGUAAUAUGAAGUAAGAUGUGUUAUGCUGUAAUCGCAAAGUUCAUCCGACGACGUUUGGUGCUGGCGAUUAUUUUUCUACUUUCGCUAUCCUAUUGCAUGAUUCAUUUGAUACGGAAGAACAAUAAUCUCAGUCUCAAUGCGGACUUCCUUCAAACACAGCUGUUGCGCCACAAAGCGAUCGUGUGGACAAAGAUUCAACCAGUACAGCCGCUAAUGGGAAACGAGACUGAAGAGCAAUCGCAAGUAAGCUGCCGUAACUCUGUGCAAGGCAAAUCGCUCCUCGUCGACGACCGGGGGUUCGUUUGUCCCCGCGCAGAUCUUUUGCAGAACGGCUGCUGCAACGUUGGCGAACAAAAGCGGUUGUUUUCAUGCAAAUCUUGCUUGCCCAAUCACUGCUGUGCUGUGUACGAAUAUUGCGUGUCGUGUUGCCUGCAUCCUAACAAGCGUCCCAUUUUGGAAGCAGUGCUAGCCAAAGCCAUUGGUCGCCAGGUGGCCCUUUAUGCGACUGUUGUUGACCAAUUUGAACUGUGUCUUACGAAGUGCCGUACCAACUCGCAAUCGGUUCAAAAUGAAAAUAAAUACCGUAAUCCGGAGCAGAAACACUGCUAUGGUGAGAUGAACGAAGCAUGGCUGCCUUCCAGCGAGAAAAACAUCAACAAGGUGUCCGCAGACGACGUCUAGGACACAUGUACGCUGAGUGGGAUCUUUGUGGGAAGGGAGUAAACGAAAAACCACAAACCAAACAAAAGGAAAUUACGAAACUGCAGCAAACCCAAGAAAACAGGUUCUAGAAGCUAACACGAAAGCUUAAAACGU